GGGGCGCGUGGUGUUCUAUGGGAUCAUCAGACUUUAUCAAUAUGAGUGAAUGGGUUGGCCUUUUGCUGUUUGCCUUCACGAUUUCAAGGUUGGGCAGAGUGUCUGGAGAAUGUACCAAGCAGGACUACCAAUAUUGUGUAAAACUUGCUGAUCCUUUGCUGAAAGAUCCUCAGCUGAUUUACCCAGACAAGCAACAGGAUAUAGAUCACGUUUGCAGGACAUGGAGUUUGUUUGUGAACUGUGUAAAGGAUUACACCGAGAAAUGUUUUACCGAGAGACGCAGACAAGAGUUUAACAAAGCUGUGGAAAGUCCAGUUGACUCCAUUCACCAGCUGUGUACAGUUCCAGAGUACCAGAAUGAGUAUCUGAAGCAUGCGUCAUGUAUGAAAGCUACACUGACAAAAGACAGUCACUGUGGACGUCACUAUCGCCACCUCGCAGCACAAGUGUCCGGAGACGCUGGCCGCGCUGCCAUCUGCUGUUCUCACCAUCGUUUCCGAGAGUGUGUUCUGGAUCGAACCCGCAACACUUGUGACCCACAGGCUGGUCCGUUCUCUCGCCAGAUCCUAGACAAAGCCCUCAGCUUCCUGAAGGACCAGUGUCACAAUUAUGAACCUACCCGCGUAGACUGUCCCGGGUCAGACUUCUACACACCUCUAGGCCGCACUGACGGAGCCAUGGACACUGUAACAAGAGCCAACACCAAGCCUACGUUUGAUAUUAACAGCAACACUCGUACCACUGACUACCAGAGUGACAGUCCGUCCUGGUCAGACUCUAUGAGUACCAAGACGGUGUCAGGAGGAUCGUCCAGUCACAGUCCUGACUGGUUGGGUCAGUCGCCCUCGUGGAUGCCAGGCCGUGGUCGAAGUACAACCGGAGGGGAAGUAACAGUCACUUCCCAAACAAUCUCGGAACACACGUUCCCUCGGUCCAGCUAUGGCAGGGGGAUGAGCUGGAUGCCUUCCACUCCAUCCACUACCCCUUCUAGUGCCUGGCGACCCCCCACACCUUCCCCCACUCCAUGGUACCCCUCCCGCAACAAUGAGCAGAUGAUGAUGGACAACGCCAUUGACGAGCCGAACCAACAAGGGCUGGAAAGUUCAUCUUCAAUUUCUACAGUUUCUGCAGUUUUAUUGAGUAUAGCGCUAACAGCUGUAUUUGCUAGAUAGAAAUCAUUGGUGGUGACAAAGAAUAUUGGAUUAGUGUGAAAGGGAAAGUUAACAAAAUUAAAUCAUUAUCGUUUUAGGAUGGCAAUAAAUAUUUUAACUUACUAAGAAUAAUAAGAUGAUGCAAUAAUUGAACUUCCAUUAGAGAAGCUUUAUUUUAUGAUGUUUCAAUGCAUUUGUUUUCAAAUGAUUUCCAGUGACAAAAAUUGUAAUUUCGGCACAACUUUGAAACUUGAAAGAUAGUUAAAUCUACAAGUUAUCUGGGACUACCAAAUAAAGAAAUAAAAUAGCUAAAGCCAAUUGAUGUAUUGUCUACAAGCUGUUAAAAAAGAAUUGUUUUUAAUGUGCGUAGUUUUAAAGUAAAAAAACAAUCUAAGUUAAAAAAACAAAAGUUAUUAUGGUAGAAAGCUUAGAGAAUGCAAAGAAUUCAACAACUUAUUGUUAAUACAAUAGUAUAUUUCGUACCAAGGGCCGAAAAUGAGGUUUUGCCGGCUCGAGAUAGUUUUUAAGUUCGAGACGAAGUCGAGAACUUAAAUCGAUCGAGAGCUGCAAAACCAUUUCGGUCCGUGGUACGAACGCUAUUUUUCACCACACUAUUACCCUAUUACCACUUUUCACCACUAUAAUAAUGCACACUGAUAUGUGAAGAAAUAAUUUGAGGAAUCAGCAAAAAUAAAAAUAAAUAGUUGCUAGGCAACGGUGACAAUAACACAAUUCUAUUGCAAUCAUGGUAAUGGAUUUUGAUUGUGUAUUUAAAAUGCAUUCGUGUUUUAAGUAAGUAAGCGGACAGCUGAUUUUGCGGCCCCGGCCUGUAAAAACCUGCUCGGUCCCCAAAUUAUGAUGACAGCUGGCAUGGCCAGGCAAAAGGUAACUUUCAGCCACCAAUUAACGUAUGUAAUACAGCCAAAAACAUCAUAGUGUGGUGAAAAAAUCAUUAAGAUAUUGUACUUCGAUUAUAAAAACAAUCAAUAAGAUACAUUACAAGAUAUUGAUGUAUUUUCUGUACCUAAAGCUAUGCUUUGGUUGAUGCUUAUGUGUUUUAAUAUUUCCUUGAAUGAUUACUUUAAAGUAAAACAACAACUAAGACGAUAAACAUGUAAAAAGUAUAUUAGAAUGCAGAUAUCUUUUCACAAGCUAAAAUCCGUCCUCUUUCAACCAUUUUAUGAUCCAGCAGUGAAAUCAUGUGUGUCAAAUUUAAAAAAACAAAUUGAGUUUUAGGAGUGUACACAAUUUUACACGUUUGAAUCUUCAAUGUAGGGGAAUACAAAAUAAAGAAAUCUGAUGUUUAAGAGCUGCAGAUUUUUAUUUUAGCUCUGCAUAUAGUUGAUAAUCAUUCAAUGUCAACCUUUUUGAAACAUUAAAAACUGCCUUUGUCAAUUUUAGAUGUUUAGUAUAGUUUACCAAAGUUAAAAUAUGCAUUUAAUAAAUUCAAUUUGUUAUUCGUGUUCUAUUUGUAUUAAGAACUAACAUACACCUUAGUGAUAAUUAAGGAUUGUAUGCAUGUCCCCAAUAAUGUAAAUAGUUUUAAUUAUUGUGUUUUGUAAACUAUACAAAAUAGU